AUGAAAUUCCUCAUUUUCCUUAUUCUUCAAAUAAAUUUAUUUUUAAAAAUAUUUUGUUCAGAAGAAGAAGCAUCAACUGCUAGCAGCAUUAUUCUCCCUCCACAACCUCCUCCCCCUCAUAAUGUCAGAACUUGUAAUUUUGUUGGUGAUACAACAGGAUAUUUACGUCCCUGUUAUUUUACAAAUUGGGCACAAUAUAGAGAUGGGAGAGCUAAAUUUGUUCCAGAAGAUUAUGUUCCAAGACUUUGCACACAUAUACUCUACGCUUUUGCUCAAUUUAAUUCCAGCUUUAUUUUAUCACCAACAGAUCCAGCAGAUUUACCAAAUGAAUCGGACCCUAAAGGUUUAUAUCAACGUAAUUACGAUUAUGCCCUCAAAGUAUUAAUUUCUGUUGGUGGAUGGACUUUAAGUCAAACAAGUCUUUUUGAAAAUAUGAUGUCUAGUAAAGAAAAUCGAACAGCAUUUAUUACUUCCUCAAUUAUUUUUAUGAGAAAAUAUGGGUUUGAUGGAAUUGAUAUGGAUUAUGAAUAUCCAAAAAAUAAAACAAAUUUUAAUUUACUUUUUAAGGAAUUUACUGAAGCAUUUAAAGAAGAUAAAAAACGAAAUUGUGAAAGACUUAUUAUAACAGCAGCUGUUUCAGCUGGAAUUGAAACUGCAAAACAGUCAUAUGAUAUUGCAAAUAUAUCAAAGUUUGUAAUUUAUAUUUUACAAAUUAUCCUUUAG